AUGGACCGGACAUACCUUGACCGCCUCGCUGUCCGCACCAACGUGAUAAGAGAGCACACCCCUAAAGCACUCCAAGCCCUCCCAUCAUCCCAUGCUGCGAUUGAGGAAUUUUACACGUACUUAACCGCCAACUACCUCCCUACUCGCUUUCCCACCAUCUACUCUCUUCAUCCUACAUAUCUUUUGAAUAAAGCAACAGGCCAUCAUAUUCCUCUCACUCCCUCCUCUCCUAUCGAAGCGCUCCGUACCUUAGGCACAAAUGUCGACAGCGAUUAUCUCAUUCUGGUUCCUUCUCUCGACGGCGACGGUUACAUCUUAGGAGGGUUCAUCACAUGCUUCCCAUCCGGAUUUGACACUCAAACACUGCUCGGUAAGAAAAUAAGGGAUAUUCAUAAACCCGUGCCGAAGUACAAAGAGAAGUUGGAGACGAGUAUGUAUCGAAGUUUCGAUCGAUUGGAAGUGGGGAAGAUUAUCAAGAGAGUCAAUUGGUCGAUUACUACCCACUCGCGCUUAUAUGUAGCGAGUGGAAAUCAUCUGUAUGAAGACGAAGAGGCGAAGGAAGAAGAGUUUGAUAUCAAAGAUGCGAACCUCCGCUGUGAACGUCAACUAAUACAUCGUCUUCCACAAACUAAAGCCUUGGUGUUCUCAAUCAAAACUUAUCUUACACCAAUUACCCAAAUCAAAGAAGAAGGCUUGGGAGAGGAGUUGGCAGAGGCAAUUGAUGGUUUGAAAAAGGGAAAUGUACCAGAGAUACAUUACUACAAGAAAGGUGUCAUUUGGGGGGGAAAAAUCAAGGAGUAUUUGAGAAGUUAG